AUGUUUGCUGAGGACUUGAGGACUCUCGUGGUGGUUGAAGCUUCCGAGGCCUACGAAGCCGGUGAAGAAGUCCGGAAGCUGCCCUGCGCCCACGUCUUUCACAGGUUGUGGGCUCUCCGGCCGCUGUUUGAAUCGCCAUGGACUGAGAAGAAGAGGAUCUAUGUCUUCACCCAUUUGGAUGUGCAUGAUCCUGCCAUGGUGACUUCGCUUCGCCUCAGUUCGGCGAAGAAGUCUGGGGUAGCCUUCAAGAUGCCGGCCGACAUUGAUGAAUGGACCGUGAACAACAUCAAGUACUGGAUCACUCUCGUCAAUUGGAAAGACGAGCGCACCAACGUGAAUAAGGAGCACAAGUUCCACUUUAGCCACACUGAGGUUGACAAUGGCUGGCAUCGCGGGUUCUUGAACGCAGAGAACAUGACAGUGGAGCAGGGCUGGCUCAACGAGCAGGGUGAGCUUCGCUUCCGGGCACAGAUCUGUUGUCGAAAAGCUGAAGUGCGAAUCGCACACGACUCGUCCGACGGAUCUUCUCAGCAUCCGCACACUCGAGAUCAGGCAGUGGAGGGAGGAACCGAACGCCUUGAUGGAGAUGUGCUUCUAGCGGAUUCUAGCGCCUUGGCUGUGCUACAGUUGUAA